CUUCAACUCAUUUUUUUGCAAUGUUUGUGUGGUCUACGAUUCGUCAGGUCGGCACCCACGCCUACUCAACGGCCUCUUCGAAACCCACCACGGUCACCAGCUCAGGGUCACUCAAAUGGAUCGCGAUGGGCGGUGUAGGCCUUGGAGCCGGAUAUUGGAUGUUCAAAUCCAAAGGCAUCUCUCCUUUGGAAGCCAAACAACUGGAGGAUAAGGCCAAGAACACCCUUGCUAGUAUCACGUCCGGUUCUGGCUCUGCAUCUCAAGCUGCUCUGAGCCCCGAGGAAUGGCGAGAUUUCAAGUUGCAGAAAGUGAUUCCAUACAAUCACAACACAUCCACGUUCGUUUUCGAAUUACCGAAGAAUGUGCCAUCCGGACUCACCAUCGCGUCAGCUUUAAUCACAAAGUCAGUCGCGAAAGAUGGUGAAUUGGCAUGUACGGAUGAUAAGGGAAAACUUGUCAUCAGGCCCUACACGCCCACUACGCCUCCAGAUCAACAUGACACUUUACACUUGCUCGUAAAGAAGUAUACCGAAGGCAAGAUGACUAACCACAUCCACAACUUGAAGCCAGGAGAUUCGCUAUCCAUGAAGGGCCCCAUUCCCAAAUGGGCUUACAAGGCCAACGAGUUCAAAACUAUAGGAAUGAUUGCGGGUGGGAGUGGUAUCACGCCACACUGGCAGAUCAUCCAGGAAAUCGCAUCUAACCCCGAGGAUCAGACCAAGGUGAUUCUGUUUUUUUCUAACCAGAAGGAGGAAGAUAUUCUCCUACGAGAAGAGUUUGAAAAACUUCAGAAGGAGAAACCCCAUCAGUUCUCCAUCAAUUUUGUCUUGGAUAACCCGCCAAAGGGUUGGUCAAGUGACUUAAAAGGAUACCUGACAGCCUCCCUGCUCAAAUCGAAGCUACCAUCCCCCAAGCUAGGAUCGGACACGAAGAUCUUUGUCUGUGGUCCACCUGGGCAAGUUAGUGCCAUCUCGGGUCCGAAGAAGGGUAAAGACCAGGGAGAGCUGGGUGGUAUCCUGAAAGAACUUGGGUACACUCAAGACCAGGUUUAUAAAUUCUAAGUCAGUGUAUAACUCGGUCAAAUGCUUGCGAGCUUGUUUACGAUACUUGGGAUAAGGCCAGAUAUUAAACUAUGCUAGAAACGAUGGGCUGAAAAUAUAUAAUAUCAAAUCAGUCCCUCGACUUGCUCUGAUUGCCUUCACGUGUGGAUUAUGAAAGCUAUGUACAACUUAUAAUUUGCGCCACUGGAGCUCUUCUAUCAUCGCUGUUCUAGAUAUGUAGUCAUGUUGAUUAACCUCAUCGAAACAACGGCCUGGAGGUUCCUGAUUAAACGAACUUGUCACAACCCGAAUUUGAUACUAUGUACCAGCUUCCCAGCUCAGAAAUUGAUUUUGGUAUCGAUACUGAGCAUGUUGCCACCAGG